AUGGCUUUUCUUCGCGCGUCUCUGUUGCCUUUGGCGCUUCUUCCUGCAGUCCUUGCGGCCCCCGCCGACAAACCUCACCCGGUUGACGCGCGACACCCCAUGAUCACCCCUCCACCCACACGCGUCCGACGAAGCCCUGACCUCAGCGACGACAUUGGCAACUACGUUCACAGUGUCUUGGGUGGCUUGGGAAGCGACAUAUCUUCAUUUGUCGCGUCCGGUGUUCCGAACUUCUUUCAGGGCUUUCCUACCGGCACCCAGGUUCUCAGCUCCCUUGGAAUCAACGAUGGUGAUCUUGCAGCCCAACCCACCCAAGUUUUGAACGUACCGGCCUAUGGCAAUUGGACCGACGAAGGAUGGAAUGUCCGUGUUCACGGCAACGUCUUCAAGCAGCCUAACAUCAGCCAAUCCAAAGUUGACGACCUCGCCAAUAUCUUCCUCAUUGACGUAGAUGUUGAUCAGCUGCCCCCGGACCAGCAAGCCCAAGCUCGCAAUGUGACGAAGUCCAUUUUUGUCGUCCAGCAAGAUGACCAGAAUGUCACCAUAAACUUUGUCAACAACGUGGCUGUAAGGCCAGGUGCAAGCGGAGGAGCUGUCAAUGCCCGUGGUGGUGCUCAAAGCAUCAACAUGCCGUAUUUGACCACCGCUGAGGGUGAUUUCGAUGCCUUUGUGAAGCUGCGUAACACCACGGGAAGCAACGGCGGGCACAUGAUUCCAGGAAACGAAACAAACUCGAUCCAAACACUCAACAUGUAUGCCAACGGCACGUUGACAGGUAAUGCCACGGCGUACCUUGUCCCCCCACAGGGCACUACCAUCAUAUCUGAUAUUGACGACAUCCUGCGUGUUACCAAGAUUUACCAGCCCAAGGAGGGCCUCCUCAACUCUUUCGCUCGUCCCUUCACACCUUGGGAAAACAUGCCGGAAAUUUAUGCCAAUUGGUCCGCGUCAAUUCCGGACUUUCACUUUCAUUACCUGACCACUACGCCAGAGCAGGUUACCCGGAAUUACAUGGAGUUCAUCUACAAAACCUAUCCUCUUGGCAGCUUUGACACGCGGCCUCUUAAUUUCUCGGACGUGCAGGCCACGCUCUCUAUUCGCCGGUUCCUUUUGGACAAGAUCUUUCAGACCUUCCCCCAACGCAAGUUCAUCUUGGUCGGAGACACGACGAACUCGGAUGUAAUGAAGGCGUAUCCCGCCAUGUUCAAGGACUACCCGAACCAGGUACUGUGUAUUCUGCUACGGAACACCAGCGCCACCGACUCUGGUGACAAGUUCCCCUACAACACGGAGGGUUUCAAGGACAUCCCGCAAAACAACUACAUGUUCUUCAAGGUACCCGACGAUCUCAGGAAUCUGGAUGUUGCAAGCGGGCAGUGCUGGAACCAGACAAUUCCCCAGAACGUAACUUUUAAGACGCAAGGAUUACCGUUUGGAUUGGGAAAUACGGCCGGCUCCAAGGCGCCGCCGACCACGUGGGCGUUGGCCGUUGGCCUGUUGUUGAUGAGCAUUGCGGUCUUGAUGUGA